GGCACCGGAAGAAACGGCGCCACUUCAAUACACAACACGCCUCUUUACAAUGAAAACAGCUUUAACCUAGCCUGCGACUCAUAGGAGAUGUGCAGUCUUUAAAGGAAACCGUAGCCUGGAAAGUCAAAUAAGGAAUUUACCUUAGCUCAUAGUGAGGUGACUCGCCUGUCGGGUGUGGAAGUCCACUGUCCAGUAUGUAUGCUGUGUACAGGCAAGCACACACUCCCACUGCAGUGGAGUUCUCUGUCUACUGCAACUUCAUCUCAAACAAGGAGAAGAACUUGGUUGUUGCGGGAACAUCUCAGCUCUAUGUCUACAGGAUAAUCCAUGAUGUGGAGACGACCUCAAAGGCUGAAAAGGCUCCGGAUGCCAAGACCCGGAAGGAGAAGCUGGAGCAGGUGGCAUCCUUCUCUCUCUUUGGCAACAUCAUGUCCAUGGCCAGUGUCCAGCUGUCGGGGGCCAACAGGGAUGCACUGCUGCUCAGCUUCAAAGAUGCUAAGUUGUCAGUGGUGGAGUAUGACCCAGGCACCCACGACCUGAAAACUCUUUCUCUUCAUUUCUUUGAGGAGCCAGAGCUCAGGGACGGAUUUGUGCAAAACGUCCACACCCCCAUGGUACGUGUGGACCCUGAGAACCGCUGCGCUGUGAUGCUGGUUUACGGCACUAAACUGGUUGUGUUGCCGUUCAGAAAGGACACUCUGACGGAUGAACAGGAGGGGGGCGUUGGCGAAGGGCCCAAGUCCAGCUUCCUUCCCAGCUACCUCAUUGAUGUCCGCGAGCUGGAUGAGAAAUUGCUUAACAUCAUCGACAUGAAGUUCCUCCAUGGCUACUAUGAGCCCACCCUGCUCAUCCUCUUUGAGCCAAACCAAACGUGGCCUGGCCGCGUGGCUGUGCGCCAGGACACCUGCAGCAUUGUGGCCAUCUCCCUCAACAUCAUGCAGAAGGUGCACCCGGUCAUCUGGUCACUCACUAACCUGCCCUUUGACUGUACCCAGGUCAUGGCUGUUCCCAAGCCCAUCGGUGGCGUGGUGGUGUUUGCUGUGAAUUCAUUGCUGUAUCUCAACCAGAGCGUUCCACCAUUCGGAGUUUCCCUAAAUUCGCAAACGACCGGGACCACAGCCUUCCCACUGCGUGUGCAGGACGAGGUGAAGAUCUCCCUGGACUGCUCACAGUCCUCCUUCAUCGGCCACGACAAGAUGGUGAUCUCGCUGAAGGGAGGUGAAAUCUACGUGCUGACCCUGAUCACCGACGGCAUGAGGAGCGUGAGGGCCUUCCACUUUGACAAGGCAGCCGCCAGCGUGCUGACCACCUGCAUGAUGACCAUGGAGCCCGGCUACCUGUUCCUGGGGUCCCGCCUGGGCAACUCUCUGCUGCUGAAGUACACGGAGAAGCUGCAGGAGGCCCCCGCCGAGGAGGGCCAGCAGGAGAAGGAGAGGGACAAGGACAAGCCGGAGGAGCCACCGAGCAAGAAGAAGAGGCUGGACACUUCGGCCAACUGGACUGAUGAGGUGGAUGAGAUCGAAGUGUAUGGCAGCGAGGCCCAGUCCGGCACUCAACUGGCCACCUACUCUUUUGAGGUGUGUGACAGCAUCCUCAACAUUGGACCUUGUGCUAACGCCUCCAUGGGCGAGCCGGCCUUCCUGUCUGAAGAGUUCCAGAGCAACCCCGAGCCUGACCUGGAAGUCGUGGUGUGCUCUGGUUUCGGCAAGAACGGUGCUCUGUCUGUGCUUCAGAGGAGCAUCAGACCUCAGGUGGUCACCACCUUCGAGCUGCCUGGCUGCCACGACAUGUGGACGGUCAUCUCCAACGAGGCCAAAGAAGACAAAAAGCCGGCGAAAAAGGAAGAUUCAGGGGACAGAGGUGAGAAGGAGGUGUUGGAGCGCGGGGAGGGGGAGGAAGAGGAGGAGGAGGAGGGCGAGGCCGGCGAGGAGAAGGAGCAGGCGGGGAAGGAGGAGCAGGGAGCCAAGGAGGAGGAGAAGCCCGCUGCGGAGGAGGACAAGAAGAAGCACGGCUUCCUCAUCCUGAGCCGCGAGGACUCCACCAUGAUCCUGCAGACGGGCCAGGAGAUCAUGGAGCUGGACACCAGCGGCUUCGCCACGCAGGGGCCCACCGUGUUUGCGGGCAACAUCGGGGACAACAAGUACAUCAUCCAGGUGUCGCCCAUGGGCAUACGCCUGCUGGAAGGAGUGACCCAGCUGCACUUCAUCCCCGUGGACCUGGGGUCCCCCAUCGUGCACUGCUCCGUGGCCGACCCCCACGUCGUCAUCAUGACGGCGGACGGCGCGGUUACCAUGUUCGUGCUGAAGAGCGACUCGUACCUGGGCAAGACACACAGGCUGGCCCUGCAGAAGCCCCACAUCUCCACCCAAUCUCGCGUGAUCUCGCUGUGUGCGUACCGCGACGUGAGCGGGAUGUUCACCACGGAGAACAAGAUGGUGAGCUGCCCGGUCCGGGACGACACGGUGUGCCGCAGCCUGUCCGAGUCCGAGACCGUCUUCCAGGAGCUGAGGUCUUCCGGAAGCCACUCGCUGGAUGACGAGGAAGAGAUGCUGUACGGAGACUGCAACGCGGAGAUGGCGGCGAACCGGGACGACCCCAACCGCGGCUCCUCCGCCUCGGCGCCGCCCGGGGGCGAGGGGGGCGGGGACAAGGCCGAGCCCACCCACUGGUGCAUGAUAGUCCGCGAGAACGGCGUGAUGGAGAUCUACCAGCUCCCCGACUGGCGGCUGGUGUUCCUGGUGAAGAACUUCCCCGUCGGCCAGAGGGUGUUGGUGGACAGCUCCUCGGGCCAGUCGGCCACGCAGGGGGAGGGUAAAAAGGAGGAGGUGACGCGGCAGGGGGAGAUCCCUCUGGUCAGGGAGGUGACCCUGGUGUCGCUCGGCAACAACCACACCAGGCCCUACCUGCUGGUGCACGUCGACCAGGAGCUGCUCAUCUACGAGGCCUUCCCUUACGACCAGCAGCAAGCCCAGAACCUCAAAGUGCGCUUCAAGAAGAUGCCCCACAACAUCAACUUCCGGGAGAAAAGGUCAAAGGUCAGGAAGGAACGGCGGGCCGACGGCGGGGAGGACGGCGUGGUCGUCAAGAGCCGAGUGGCCCGGUUCCGCUACUUUGAGGACAUCUCGGGGUACUCUGGGGUGUUCAUCUGCGGGCCGUCCCCUCACUGGAUGCUGGUGACGUCGCGCGGCGCCCUCCGCCUCCACCCCAUGACCAUCGACGGCUCCAUCGAGUCCUUCUCCCCCUUCCACAACAUCAACUGUCCCAAAGGCUUCCUGUACUUCAACAAGCAGGGAGAGCUGCGGAUCAGUGUGCUGCCCACCUACCUGUCCUACGACGCCCCGUGGCCCGUCCGCAAGAUCCCCCUGAGGUGCACCGUGCACUACGUCUCCUACCACGUGGAGUCCAAGGUGUACGCCAUAUGCACCAGCAUCAAAGAGCCCACCACACGCAUCCCCCGGAUGACGGGGGAGGAGAAGGAGUUUGAAACCAUAGACAGAGACGACCGCUACAUCAACCCGCAGCAGGAGAAGUUCUCCAUCCAGCUCAUCUCCCCGGUCAGCUGGGAGACCAUCCCCAACACGCGGAUUGACCUGGAGGAGUGGGAGCACGUGACCUGCAUGAAGACGGUGGCCCUGAAGAGCCAGGAGACGGUGUCGGGCCUGAAGGGCUACAUCGCCGCCGGCACCUGCCUGAUGCAGGGGGAGGAGGUCACCUGUCGGGGCAGGAUCCUGAUCCUGGACAUCAUCGAGGUGGUGCCGGAGCCGGGCCAGCCCCUGACCAAGAACAAGUUCAAGACGCUGUACGAGAAGGAGCAGAAGGGCCCGGUCACAGCGCUGUGCCACUGCAGCGGCUUCCUGGUCUCCGCCAUCGGCCAGAAGAUCUUCCUGUGGAGCCUGAAGGACAACGACCUCACGGGCAUGGCCUUCAUCGACACGCAGCUCCACAUCCACCAGAUGUUCAGCAUCAAGAACUUCAUCCUGGCGGCGGACCUCAUGAAGAGCGUCUCGCUGCUGCGCUACCAGACGGAGAGCAAGACCCUCUCCCUCGUUAGCCGGGACGCAAAGCCCUUGGAGGUUUACAGCAUUGAGUUCUUGGUGGACAACAACCAGCUGGGCUUCUUGGUGUCGGACCGAGACAAGAACCUUUCGGUCUACAUGUAUCUACCUGAAGCUAAGGAGAGCUUCGGGGGCAUGCGGCUGCUGCGGCGGGCCGACUUCAACGCCGGCGCCAACGUCAACACCUUCUGGCGGAUGCCCUGCAGGGGGUCCCAGGACGUGGCCAGCAAGAAGACCCUCACCUGGGACAACAAGCAGAUCACCUGGUUCGCCACGCUGGACGGAGGACUGGGCCUGCUGCUCCCCAUGCAGGAGAAGACAUACCGCCGACUGCUCAUGUUGCAGAACGCCCUGAACACCAUGCUGCCCCACCACGCCGGCCUCAACCCCAAGGCCUUCAGAAUGCUCCACAGCGACCGGCGGACGUUGCAGAACGCCGUGCGCAACGUGCUGGACGGGGAGCUGCUCAACAAGUACCUGUACCUCAGCACCAUGGAGCGCAGCGAGCUGGCCAAGAAGAUCGGCACCACGCAGGACAUUAUCUUGGAUGACCUCCUGGAGAUUGACAGAGUAACGGCUCACUUCUGAGCUACAACAUUCCCAUGUCCACAUCGUCCCACCAGCCAUUUAUUUUAUAGUAAAAGAAUAUGAAAUGAAGAAAAAAAGAGUCCGUUUUUUUUGUGAACAUGAAUUGUGUAAUUGUGUGAACAAAUUCUUUUUCAAUAUUUUGUACACAAAUUGAUGAUUAAACUCAAUCUCAGAAUCCUGAAUUUUGUUCUUUAUUUGUA